UUUCCUUUUAAAAUAGCCUAUACGGUGUCGUUUGAAUUUUGACUUUAUUUAAUUAUUAUAUAUAUAAAAAAUAGUCUCUCCGUUUUCACUGGGCAGUCUUAAAUGCAAGUCACGGUGUUUGCUGAUCACAUUGCUUUCUCUCUCUACUGACUUUAAUUUCUAUGAUGUCGGGGAAUGCUCUAAGAGAUCUCAAUACUUUACCUGCAUCCGAGAGAAAGAAUGACAGCUCUAGUAAAGGUAAUUUUACUAAGACUUGCAAUGGAAACACAAUUGAAAAUGUUGAAGAGCUGCAGAAGAAAAACCCUUCCUCUGUUUGCAUAAACGGAGGUGAAACUAUAAAUGCUGCGGUAGAGGUAGCUAAUUCGGAAGUUGAAUAUAUUGAGUCUGAGAACUUGGGUGAUCUAGAAGAUGUUAAUACCUGUCUUGAGAAGCUCUUACCUGGACUUGAAUCCAAAGAUUGGGUUUUGGUUGUUGAAACUCUCAACAAUGUUCGCCGAUUAUCAAUAUUCCAUAGGGAAGAAAUGCAUAGUAUGCUGGGUGAUUUGAUCCCACUUGUAGUCAAAUCCUUGAAGAAUCCAAGAAGUGCUGUUUGUAAAACUGCAAUUAUGACAUCUGCAGACAUCUUCAGUGCAUAUAAUGAUGAUUUGAUUGAGUUUUUGGAUCCCCUGCUUGUACAGCUUCUUCUUAAGUCUUCACAAGACAAAAGGUUUGUAUGUGAGGCAGCUGAGAGAGCUUUAGAGGUCAUGACUACUUCUGUCUUCCCUAUGUCGUUGUUGCCCAAGUUGCAACCCUAUCUUAAGAACAGAAAUCCACGAAUUCGGGCUAAGGCAUCGAUGUGCUUUAGUCGCAGUGUUCCACGACUGGGUGUUGAAGGAAUUCAAGAAUAUGGAAUCGACAAACUGAUACAAGUAGCUGCAUCACAGCUUAGUGACCAGCUCCCAGAGUCUCGUGAGGCUGCUCGAACCCUUCUAUUAGAGCUGCAAACUGUAUAUGAGAAAUCCAAUGGACUCUCAACAACAAUACCCGAACAACCAGAGAUGAACUCUUGGGAGCAUUUUUGUCAGUCAAAACUCUCUCCUUUAAGUGCACAAGCAGUGCUUCGGGUGACAAACAUAGCUCGCGAAGGCCUCGUUAUUGGUUCCUAACAGUGAGUUCUUAUAUACAUGUGUGUAGCAGGUAAUGUUAUCUUCUUUUUUAUUUUCAAUUUACCCACAUAUAUGAGAUUUAGUGUGCAGACUGCAGAGUCUACACACCACAGUCACCUUUUAUUGCUUUGGUUUUGGUUUUAUCUUUUAUUUUAUUUUUUCCUUGUAAAUCCUCUUGAAUCAUCGAGAUGUCUUCGAUCGUGGUUAAGAAGUAGUAUAAAUAUGAUUGAGCCUUCUUUCUUUGUUAUGGUAGAUGUUACAUAAUGUAUGUAAAUACAUAUUUGGGUGACUUUAUGAUUGCAAUUGCAGAUCUAAAAGACCCAAAUAAUUUAUGUGAAUCAAUAUUGAGUGCUGGUUUAAGA